GUUAUUAAUAAGCGCAGAAAAGUAGUAUGGGCCCAGUGGAGGGAGGGGGUUGUAGCGAAUCAGCGAAGCAGACACUGCGAAGGGCAGGCUGGUUGUCACCUCCCCUCCGUCGGGCUGUCAACUGACAGCAGCACACAUGAACAUCAAUGCUGCAACCGGAGUUGGCUAUUUGUUUACGUUAGCUCUAAAUAUGUGUUCUUCUGCGUUUUAAUUCACACAGAAGAAGGAUAUGACUGGCACGCCACUAUUUUUUCUACGGACUGACUACAAAAGCAUUGCAUAGGAGGAGGCUGAAGAAGUGCUUGUUACUUGUGCGCUGCUAGUUGAUGUUAAUAGUUAGCUUGCAUGCUAAUGGUAGCUAGGUGCUGAACGGAGUUGGCUAACGUUACAUAGCUAGCUCGCUAGCGAAGGUCGGAGGGACCAAAGUUAACUGGUAACUGGAGCGUUUAGUAGACUAUUCAGCGUCCUUAGUAUGUUAUUUUAUUCAGUUGUUUUAGGCCCGCAUGAUAACUGAUUUUUCAUUUGUCACGGGGCUUCAUAAUUUUCCCGUUUUCUUCAGUCUUUUAAUGAAAUUUCUCGUUGAUGUUUGCUAGCUAGCAAGCCUCUCGGCUAUGCUAACGCCAGCUCAGUGAGACCUCGCAUCACCAAAUGAGUCAAGGAAGGAAGAGAGGUGACUGAUGAUGUGGGCUGAUGGAAGCGGCGGACAAGGCGAAGGAGAACAGCAGUAUUAACUUAAACACAUCGUAUUUUCUCAUCAGUCCUUGUUGACGCAGGGUAGUAUCGUCAGCCAAGCUGUGUGGGACGUUGGAUGGAAAAAAAGGAACUGGGGCAAGUUGAUUUGCGAGCUGGCUAAAUGAAUAGUAUUUGUGUCUCUAAAUCGUGAACUGGUGGCCACUGUGCCUGCUUCAAGGAAAGACACUGUCAGGAUUAACGUACAGAUUUCAGUAAUCGGCCAGUUUGCUUAAAGAUGGCUUCGGCGAGCAGCAUUGCAGCAUCUAUUGCAAGCAAAACAAAGACCAAGAAAAAACAUUUCGUUGCUCAGAAAGUGAAGCUCUUCCGUGCCAGCGACCCUCUGCUCAGCGUGCUUAUGUGGGGAGUCAACCAUUCGAUUAAUGAGCUAAGCCAUGUUCAGAUUCCCAUCAUGCUCAUGCCAGAUGACUUCAAGGCCUAUUCUAAGAUCAAAGUGGACAACCACCUCUUCAACAAGGAAAACAUGCCAAGCCAUUUCAAGUUUAAGGAGUACUGUCCUCUGGUGUUUCGGAACCUCAGAGAGAGGUUUGGCAUUGAUGAUCAGGAUUUCUUGAACUCUCUGACACGAAGUGCUCCCUUGAACAGUGAAGCCCAGGGACGGAGUGGGGCCCGCUUCCACACCUCUUAUGACAAACGCUAUGUCAUCAAGACCAUAAGCAGUGAGGAUGUGGCAGAGAUGCACAACAUUCUAAAGAAAUAUCAUCAGUUCAUUGUGGAGUGCCAUGGGAACACACUGUUGCCUCAGUUUCUGGGGAUGUACCGGCUCACAGUGGAUGGAGAUGAGACCUACAUGAUUGUUACACGCAAUGUCUUCUCUCACCGCCUUUCUGUCUACAAAAAAUACGAUCUCAAGGGUUCCACUGUGGCAAGAGAGGCCAGUGACAAGGAGAAGCUGCCCCCACCAGAGGAUGUGCCCCCACUGCCCAAAUCUGGUAACGUUCAGCAAAGGCUGCAAACACUGCGGAUUGCCACACGCUUUUACUGCGCCGUGAAACACGUAAGAGAUGCCAAGGAGCUGCCCACUUACAAGGACAAUGACUUCAUCAAUGAUGGGCAGAAGAUCUACAUUGAUGAGGAAAAGAAGAAAAUGUUUCUGGAGAAGCUUAGGAAAGAUGUGGAGUUCCUGGCUCAGCUGAAGCUCAUGGACUACAGUCUGCUUGUGGGGAUUCACGACGUGGAGCGAGCCGAGCAGGAGGAGGUGGAGAGCGAGGACAAUGAGCCUGAAGAGGAGGCGGAGAGUGAUGGAGGGGUUGUUGGGACUCCGCCUGACAGCCCUAGCAACACCCUGGACAGCACUAAGCCUAUGUCACCUGGAGAGUUUGAUCCCGCCAUUGACGUCUAUGCCAUCAAAAGCAAUGAUACUGCUCCUAGGAAGGAGGUUUACUUCAUGGCCAUAAUAGACAUCCUGCAGCAUUAUGAUGCCAAGAAGAAAGCUGCUCACGCUGCCAAGACUGUCAAACAUGGGGCCGGAGCAGAAAUCUCCACAGUGAACCCUGAGCAGUACUCCAAGAGGUUUUAUGAUUUCAUUACCACUAUCUUGUCAUAGCCUCCAGAGGAGCGACAGGAGGCACAGAGGCACAAGGGAGAGGGAGUGGAGUGUAGGGUGGUGAAGAGAGGUGACUAAGAGAAACCCAUUGAGAGGCUGAAGUAACAAGGCGCUGCUGAUGGCUUUGGACCACUCUCUCUUAUCCAUCCUCUUCAUCCUCUCUCUCUUUCAGUGGGGUACCAUGCUCCGCAGCUAUUAAAACAUUAUUUGUUUACAUUUAACCUCUUCUGUUGAAUUUUUUUAUGAGUUUGGAUGAUAAGAAUAUUGAAAGCAGUUGUCCAUGUUAUUAUGUAUUUUAUACAAUUUGUUUUGACUGUCUGUUUAUGUUGGAAUAUGGCUUUUUAAUUCAGCACCCAACUUUAUUUUUUAAUUUUGAUGUUUGUAUUCCCUUUUAAUUUUCAUGGAGAGGGGAUAUCAUGGUGUAGUGUGAGAUCCAGGGGAGUGCAGAGGUCUCUCUAGCAAAGAGCAGACCUGAGUGGGACGUAAAGAGGAUUCUAUAUUGCAAACACUUCAUUUCAAGAAGUCUUCCACUAGGUCAACAGCCAGGCCACCAACCAUAUGAUAUACAUGUACUCAGCCAAACAAUUCUUCCCUUUAGGUUUCCUCCUGCAUCACUCGCCCUUUAGAUUGCCUCCAAUCCACGUUUGGACCUCUCAAAUGAAUUCUGGGUUAUCUUCAUGCCACAUGCUCAUACAACACUUCCCCUUAGCUAAGCUGAGUGCCCUGGUUGUAGUAAAUUAUUUUGCUUGUAUCCUUCUGUCAGCGCUUUAUUAAUUUUGCUAUGUUGUGAUGAACAGUGAUUAAGUAUGAUUGAGGGAAGGAUAUGUAACUUAAAAUGAGAAGAGGAGGGGCUCGAUUGUGCCGUUUCUCUUUAGUGUCAUUUACUCGGAUUCACUCUGGACAGUUUGGGCAUUGUUAAGUAGCCGUGGUUUGUGUUCCUGUGACGAAGAGUAACCCAGAAGUGUUGUGUGGCUAUCACUCCUUGAUAUACCUUCCUAUAGGGUUUCUGAUUGAAACAUGGAAAUCCUUUGACUUUCUGUUGCCAUCAGCACCUUAUGAGUAAAAUGUAAAAAAAAAUUGCACUUUUAUUUGUUGUUAGAGGUUAGAAGCUGUUGUUCUAUUACAUGUGCUGCAACAAAGGAAAAGGAGCUUAGAAUUGAAUCUUGGAAGCCUGAACUCAAGCCCUGUCUGCUCCACCACGUCUCACCUCUGGGUACUUAACAGGGAUUGGCUGGGAAGAGUUUACUGCAAUAUUAGAUGGGGAAAGUGAACAAAUUCAGAUUACAGGGCCUUUGUAAACCUGUCCAAUCCUUUUAGAAGUGCUCUGUGGGAUCGGGGCAGUCGGUUUGAGGACCUGCCUCCACUUGUACAUUCAGGGCAGACAGAAGACAUUUUACCUCCAGCAUCGUACCAGCACACACCCAGUGAAGGCAACUGGUGUGUGUGUCAGUGUUUGAAAGUUGUUAAGUGGUGAGAAGAAGGAGGAGGAGGAGGAGAAGGGAAGUUGUAGCUGCAGAUUUAAAGAUAUGUGGUGUUAAGUCCUAAGCAGCACUGUUCUGUUCUCUAACCUGUGCUGUGAGCCUGUUAUUGAUUGUUUGUGUUGUUGUUGUUGUUGUUGUUCACAUUUUUUAAAGGUGGUUUAUCUGUUUUUGAAUUUGGCAGUUUAAUGAAUUGAUGUUGUAACAAGUUUUUUGUAUAUUUUGCACAAGAAAGGAACCAAAUGUUACAAAUAUGAUCCUAAUUAGUUGAUACAGUCUUAACAAAGAAAAUGCAAUAUACUUGUAUGUAAGUGAAAAAAGCUUUUGUGCGUGUGAUGUUCUGUAUCACCUCUGCAUAACAGACUAAAACAAGUAAAAUUUUGCCUAAAUGUUCCAACACAUGCAAAAAACGUCCAACACAAUAUGUUUAGAUAUCACAGACUAUAUUUACAUUUAUAUUUUUACAUUGGAUUUUUGGUGUGAAAUGUGGUUGUAUUUAAAAAGGAGCCACCCUUAGGAAUGAAUGAUGGUGCUGUAGUAAAUGAAGAAUGAUACUGUUUGAAUUUAUACUAUGCUUAAUAGAGUUGUACUUAAAAAAAAAAAAAAAA